AUGGCGCCAACUUCAAGUAGGCGGUUUCGAGGUCGAGCGGACUCUCCCACAAUCGAACGCAUAGUAGCAGAUACGAAUCUCCCAGCAAUAACACCAGAGCGCAGUGUCUGUGACGCCCGUGAUGCACCACAGGCUCGAUCUCAACGCACUCGACGAAGUACAUCACGAGCCGUCUCCCCAAGAAGACAAGCAACCCGCACCAGCUUCUGCCUCCUACUCCUAACCCUCCUCGCCUUGAUCCUAUGCCCCCUCGCUCUAGCCUCCGAAGGCGACCGCUCUCCUGAAUACCGCAUGUGCGUAUCUUCCUGCACCGCCGACCUGUGCCGAGACCACGUUGAUGACGGCAUUAUGUUCGCCCAUCGUCUUCCCUUCAUCCUCCGCCUCACUCGAUGGACUUGCGAAGACGACUGCAAAUACCACUGCACGCAUCGCAUUACCAACGAUGCUGUCUCUCGCGUUCAACGGAUUCAACACGAUGCAAUUGCCGAAGUGGAAACUUUAUCCAAAGAGAACCCAAUCUCCCCCGCCGCCAAGUCUGAGCGAGCAAAAGCACUGGUGCAAACGCAGUUGGCGAUCCUACGACCGGUGCAGAAGCAAAUGGUCCAAUUCCACGGAAAAUGGGUCUUUGUCCGUUUCCUCGGUGCGCAAGAACCUUUGUCGGUUCUAUUCAGCCUAUUCAACCUCCGCGUGCAUUACAAAGCACUAUUCAUGAUGCGCAAGCGACUUCCCGAUGCGUUCCCCCUCAAACUCGUAUACAUCGUACAUACGCUCAUCAGCAUCAAUGCUUGGUUCUGGUCCGCCAUCUUCCACACUCGAGACAAAGACUGGACCGAAAAGCUAGACUAUUUCAGCGCAGGAUCGGUCAUUAUGUCCGCCUUCUUCUUUUCCGCAUGUCGGCUGUUCAGGUUAGCACCGGGUGGGGAGAGGUUCGUGAUGUUAAGAAGGGUGUGUCUGGGAGCGUUGGGGUUACACGUGUUGUAUUUGAGCGUGGGGAGGUUUGAUUAUGCGUAUAAUAUUGCAGCAAAUGUUGUUGUGGGGUUGGUGCAUAUUUUGCUUUGGUUGACAUAUUCGUUGAGGCCGACGACGUUCCCUAGUAAUCCGUUGGUUGAUAGGACUGUGUACUCCAGGGCGGCUAUGCGAGCAGCCAAACCAAACCUUUCGGCGCUUAGCACGCCAAAUCCGUUGAGUAACGGCUCAGCAACACCGCCGGUGCCGGUUUCGACGAAUAUUGGGCCUCCCAGUUCGCAUACGAAGCAGAGGAGAAGGUUGCAGUUGUUAUUGGCAUUGAUGUCGGGAUCGGUACUGCUCGAGUUACUCGACUUUCCACCGGUUCUGCGGAUAUUGGAUGCUCAUGCGUUGUGGCAUUUAGUUACGGUGCCGAUCACGCAGAUGUGGUAUGAGUGGUUGGUGAAUGAUGCGCAAGAGUGUGUUAGUACGGGAUGGUGGCUGUCGGAUCGAACGGGUGCGUCGGCACAUGGUGGGGAACAGUUGAGUUCGAUGUUGGAACAGAUCAGUGAAAAACUGAAGGGGAGAGCGGCGAGUCUGGCUCAGAAUAUGGAGCUGAAUGCAUUGACGACGAAGCUGAAUGAGUUGGCGAAUAAGGCUGGGUUUGGUGGGAAUGCUAGUGCAGCAGAGGUGAAUGGAGUGGGAGGCAGUGCAGCCGCGGCAGAUGAAGAUGGGCUGGGGUUGGGAAUUGGGAAGAGCGGGAGUGGUGCAACUAGUACGAGUAUUGGGGUUGGGGCUGGGGGGUAUUCCUCCUUGACGGGCAGAGACGGUGCUGGUUCAAGUGGGAGUGCAGGGAAGGCUAAAAACUACUAG